AUGGAUGUACUCGAUAAUAUCACAGAAGGUCGACGACGAACUGAAUCACCCCCGCUUCACUAUGAUCUGAACAUCCAACCUAAGAAGAACACGAUGCUUGUAUCUCAUGGCCUACCUCCUUGGUAUGAGGAGGACGGGAAUCGCAUCACGGAUGCAUUCGUGGUGGCAGUGGCAGGGGGGUCUGCAAGCGGGAAGACCCAUGUAGCUCGCAGGAUUGUACAGUCGCUGGGGUCUAUACCAGCAGUCAUCAUACUGUCCCAGGACAGCUUCUACAGGCGCCACUCGCCUGAAGAGGUUGAACUCGCUCACCAGAACCUCAUGGACUUCGAUCACCCCGACGCCAUAGAUAUGCCAUUGUUUGCUUCGUGCCUGGCUGAUUUAAAGGCGCGUAAGCAGACGAACAUACCCGUUUACUCGUUCGCCGAACAUCAACGGCUUGAGGAAACGAAGUAUCUAUAUGGCGCUUCAGUGAUCAUAACGGAGGGCAUAUUGGCAUUGCACGAUCCUGCCUUGCGGCAGCUGUAUGAUCUGAAGGUCUUCGUUCAAUGUGACUCCGAUCUCAUGUUGGCCCGGCGGAUCCAGAGGGACACCAAAGAACGGGGCAGACAUGUAGACGGCAUAUUAGACCAGUAUCUCCGAUAUGUCAAGCCAUCGUACGACAAUUUCGUCAGGCCCUCUGCCUCACAUGCGGAUAUCAUUGUACCAGGUUCGAACAACAACGUUGCUAUCGACUUGAUAUGUACGCACAUACGGCGCCAGCUAGUCGAACGUGCCACUCGUUUCAGACAGAAGAUGGCCAUUCCUCGUCUACACAUGAGCACCCCUGGAGAUACAUCUCCGGAAGCCCUACGCAUUGACGUGCUACCGUCGACCCCUCAACUGAAGGGAAUAUUCACCAUCCUGAGAUGCAAAGACACGUCGAGGCAGGACUUCGUGUUCUUCGUCGAUCGGUUGUCUACUCUCGUGACCGAGUUUGCUCUCCAGCAUUUACCGUACGUGCCAGCGACGGUGAUCACGCCGACGGAAACGCCAUAUCACGGGAAGACGCUUGAUGCACGGGAUAUUUGUGGGGUGUUGAUUCUUCGCUCCGGCGGAGCCCUCACUCGCGGCGUCAGAAGAGUGAUAAAUGACAUCCCCUUGGGAUCGUUACUAGUCCAGUCUGACGCGAAGACCGGGGAACCUUUGUUAUUCCAGGUUCUACUUCCUGUCUGUGUCCGUGAAAGGCACCGUGCAGAAAAUGCCUGGGUAUUCCUACUUGAUGCACAGAUCGGGACUGGAGCAGCGGGUUUCAUGGCCAUUCGUGUCCUCCUCGAUCACGGCGUUCGUCAAGACCACAUCAUCUUCGUUACCUUCCUCGUCGCCCGUGGGGGCGGUGUCUCCGUUAUCCGUAAAGCUUUCCCAGAUAUCAAGAUCGUCUGCGCAGCUGUGGAUGACGAAAUGCGGGAGGGAUGGUUAGAGGGUUACAAAGGAGAAGGAAAUCCUGAUGGUGUUGGGCGAAAAUGCUGGAUCAUGCAACCUGGAAUGGGGCAAAUCGGCGAUCGGUAUUACCUCUAG